AUGUUGGUGGGAUCUCGCAUGACGCGGAGGGACAUGGUCGCGCGAGCGACCUUGCUGGCGGCCUUGUUUGGACUUUUCGCGACGUUCGCCCACGCAGCGUGCCCCGACCAGGCCCAGGUCGAGGCCGCCUUCCAGACUGGCGGGGUGCCCUUUCACCAGCUCCUGGCUGGCGACGUGAUCGAGUUCGCGACCUUCGAGGAGGCGCCGUACGCCGAAUACAACGCUGCGACUCAGACGUGGUCGGGCUUCGUCAUCGACCUCAUCAGGGCCGUGGCGGCCGAGGGCGGCUUCGACAUCACCAUCACGCGCCUGCCCUUCCCUGAUGGUUCACCGGGCAACACCAUCUCAGAAAUGCUGGUUCGUGAGACCCUGAGGCACGACAUCCUCGGGCCCUUCUUCGUGGACAACUCCGCCCGACGCGCCAUGGGCGUCAGCUUCACGCACCACUUCAUCGACACCAGCGCGUACGUCAUCGUCCACACGCCCACGAACAACCAGCCGAACUGGUGGCGCCAGGGCCACCGCCUCUUCGACCCCUUCACCAGGGGCGUCUGGGGUCUCAUCAUCGGAGCCACGGUGUUCCUGGGGGUGGUCCACUACGUCGUCAGCGGCGCCUUCUACGCCGCGGUCAUGCGGUUCCACGCGGGUCGGCGGCCCGGCACGCCCCGCGGGAAGACCACGCCCUGCGUGGAGGAGAACGGGAACGGCAUCGUGAAGGCGCAUGACGACGACGCGACCGCCGAGGGUGAAGGCGACGGGACGCGCGGCGGAGUCGGUCUGGCCAAGGCGCUGACGGCGGGGCUGACGGACUCGACGUACUGGGCGGCGUCGUCGGCGGUGGCGGGCGGCGACAUGCGCGAGGUGGCGCGCAACCCCCUGACGAAGAUGAUGGUCACGGUGUGGGGGUUCAUGACGGUCAUCAUCGUGGCGUCGUACACCGCGAACCUCACGUCGUUCCUCGUCGUCCAGGCGACGCAGGGCUCGAUCAACGGCAUCAACGACUUGAUCGUGCAGGGGACGCCGACGUGCGUCUUCCACACCGAGAGCCUCGCGACGCAGCUGCCGCAGAAGUUCCCGCAGCUGCGCGUGCGCGAGGUGCAGUGGCAGAGCGAGGGCUUCCAGCCGUACAUCGACAGCGGGCAGUGCGGCGCCGGAGUGCAGGGGUGGGGCAUGGCGGAGAGUUGGCUCGGGCACGGCGCCGGGUGCAACUUCACGAUGGUCGGGGCGCCCGUGACGAAGACGGGCGGCGGGUUCGCGUACUCGUCGGUGAACUGCGGACCGCUCUUCGGAGUCAUCCUCGACGCGAUCUUCACGCGCCUCGAGGAGCGUGGCGAGAUCGACGCGCUGUGGAAGCGCUGGAAGCUCGACCAGUGCCCGCACUCCCCGCCGACGGUGUCGAGCAGCGCGACGACACUCAAUGUCCGCGAGCUCGGGUUCCUGUUCGUGCUGCUCCUCAUCUCCUCGGCGUUCGCGAUCUGCGUCCACGGCGUGAUGGUGGCCCUCGGACGCUGGGACUACGUGCCGGAAGACUGA